GCCAAUAGCGUUGCCGUGGAAGGAGACACGUGCUCGCAAAACUACCCUGAACUACAAGAUCCAGAAUGCAAUGCGGUCCAAGCUGUACACGUGUCGCACAAGUUGCUCCUAUUGACUGAAAGCUUCGGCUUGGCCUUCCUCCUAUCCUGUCCUUCCCGAAGGCGUGGUCGGCCUAAUUCAAAAGUUUUCUAAUCCGCCGCCCACGCUUUCCGUAAAUUGCCGAAGAUUGCAUCAUCUUCGGGGGAGAAAAAAAAAAGCAAUUAAAUUGGCUGGUUUCGUGACGUCGAAGUGAAUGGCACCUCCCUCUAGUCCUGCGCGGUCGCCAUUUUGAGUUUGUAUCCAGUAUCUGCGCCACGAUAAACGGAAUCACCUUCUCCCAGGGACUAGCACCCCCAAAUCCCCUCUUCUUAUACCCCAAGCCCUCCUGGCUCCAUAUCAACAACACUCCCUUCCUACCCACUACCCCCCAACCACCUCCUGUUCGUUCUAUCCAGCUUUAGCACAAAACCCCAAAAAGGGGCUUUUUUUUCAGAGCACCCCCCAAAUCCCCUUCUCUCAUGCAACCUGCCUGAAGUUGUACUGUGAAAACAACACGUGGAUUGGUAAAGGAGCGCAAAACAACAAAACAUUCCCCCUUUCAUUUUGUAGAUGGGCUUCAGAUGGCGGAGGGCGCUUCAUGUUUAAAGGGACCACCACUAAAAGCAUCAAAACUCACAUUGUCACCCCCAAGUACAGAUAAUUAAUGAUAGUAUGGCCGUCGAAGGCACCAGUGUCCAUGAAUCCUCCUCCCCAACAUCAAACCAUGAAAAUGAACACAACCUCCUCUUCCUCCCCGCCGAAAGGUCUGCAGGGGGCUGGGAGCAAAACUUCAUUUGUCUGGGGGUACAGGGCAGCAGGGAGGAUGGUGAAUUGGAAGAAGGAGAGCUUGAGGAUGAUGGGGGAGAGGAUGGAGCUCGUGAUCUCUCAGAGGCCCAGGCUCCACAAGAGAAGAGCGAGAAGCAUUACAGUGACUCUGAUGAAGAGAAGGCACAUCGCAAGAUGAAGAGGAAACGACGAAAGGAAAAAGAGAAAAGGCGAUCUAAGAAAAAAAGGAAAUCCAAGCAUAAGCGUCAUGCUUCCUCUAGCGAAGACUUUUCAGACUAUAGCAAUGAAUCUGACUUCAGCCCAAGUGAAAAGGGCCACAGGAAGUAUCGUGAAUAUAGCCCCUCUUACCCUCCGGCUCACCAGCAAUACCCUCCGCCCCCACAGCACAACGCCCCACCCCCUAAGAAAUACCCUAAAAUGGAUAACAAAGGCUAUGGAAUGUAUGAUGAUUAUGAAAAUGACCAUUAUGGCGAGUACGAGGCAGAUGAGGGGGAAGAUAUGGGCCAGGAAGACUAUGAUGACUUUGCCAAGGAGCUAAACCAGUACAGAAGGGCCAAAGAAGGAAGUCAUCGUGGCAGAGGCUUUAGAGGUAGAGGGAGAAUUAUGAGAGGCAGAGGAGUACGCGGGAUGAUGCGUGGAAGAGGUUUCAGGGGUAGAGGUGGGCGAGGAAGAGGAUUUCCAGGAGACGAUCAUCCUGAAGAAGAUGAGAUGUAUGAUGAAGAAAUGGAGUACUGUGAAGAGGAAGCAAUGGAAGAUGAAGAGUAUGAUGAGUACUCCAAGGAACUUAACCAGUAUCGGAAGUCAAAAGAUGGUCGAGGUCGAGGGUUUUAUAGAGGCAGAGGUCGGGGCCCACGUGGAAGGGGUUACAAAAUCAUGGGAAGAGGAAGAGGUCGUGGCAGAGGAAUGAAAGGAAAUGAUGAGGAUGAAUACUAUGAGGAAGAGGGUGAUGGAGGAAUGUAUAGAAAUGAUUAUGAGAAACCGUAUCAUCGGGCUGAUAAAAAAGGGAAAGUUGUCUGCAAGUAUUUUGUGGAAGGCCGCUGCACCUGGGGAGAGCACUGCAAUUUUAGCCAUGAUGUGGAUGUUCCCCGUCGCCGUGGACUCUGCAAGUUUUAUGUCAGUGGCUACUGUGCUAGAGCAGAAAACUGUCCAUUCAUGCACAAUGAUUUCCCUUGUAAGCUGUAUCAUACCACAGGCAAUUGCAUUAAUGGUGACGACUGUAUGUUUUCCCAUGAGCCCCUGACAGAUGAGACCCAACAAUUUCUGAAUAAGAUAUUGGCUGAGGAUGCUGAAGCUGGAGCAGAAGAUGAAAAGGAUGUUGAAGAGCUAAAAAAGCAAGGUAUCAACCCUCUACCAAAGCCACCUCCAGGAGUAGGACUUUUGCCUACACCUUCCAACUCUCAUGGUGCUCAAAGUUCAACAGGGCCAGCUGCUCCAUCCUCUCCCACUGGUGAUCAAUCUGACCCAGGUGUGUCAGUGUCUGGAGUUGAUCCGGUCUCUGAUGAUCCUAUAUCUGGGGGUCCUAUCCCAAGUGGAGCAGUGCCUGAAGCACCUUUGGUGGGAGCACCACCACCACCUAGUGGACCAUUGCCUGCAGGCCCCAUUUCAGGUGGCACAGUGCAAGACGAUCCAGUUUCAGAUCUGCACAUGCCUGUAGGUCCAGUAUCAGGUGGCCCAGUUCCUGGAGGUUCUGUUGGACCAUUUCUGGGGAUUCCAAUGUCAGUAGGUAUUUUAUCAGGUUCCACACCAGAAGAAUGUAUGCCUGCUGGACAAAUUGCAGCAGGACCAUUACCAGAGGGACCAGUGCCCCCUAUGCAUUGUGGCCCUGGAGAUCCUAUGCAAGCAUGUGUCCCAAUGCCACCCAUGCAGCCAAACCCAGAAGGUCUGAUGAUACCAGUGGAAGUAGGGCUUGGAGGUCCAAUGCCAGGAAGCCCGGGAUCUAUAGGUCUUGCGGCAGGUGAUCUAAUGCCAGGUAGCCCUUUGUCUGGAGGACCUCCACCAGGAUCAAUGCCACCUGGUCAUCAGCAGCCUAUAGAUCCCCAGAUGUGCCAGAGGAAAAUACCUUCUCUCUUUGAAAUUGUAGUACGGCCCACUGCACAUUUGGCUCAUAAGCUAGGAGUGAGGCCACCUGGACCUCCUGGAGGUCCUCCGGGACCACCACCUCCUAGAUUUCCUGGACCCCCAGGCCCUAUCCAUCAUGACAUAGAGAUGGGCAUGGAUGAGAAUAUGCCCAUAAUGCCAUAUGGACCAGAUGAUGGGCCUGAAAUGAUGAAUGAUGGACCACCUGGACAGGUUUUCUAUGAUGACUACUACCAGCACCCCACCAUCGAGAUGGAACAAGAGAUAAGAGAUACAGAUUGGGGACACAGGCAUCAUGGGGAUGAAAAUCCUACAGCUGGAGAAUGGACACUAAAUAGUGACUAUGAUGGCUAUAGUGAGAUGCAGGAAGAUUCAGGAGCCCACAGAUACCAGGAACCUCCUCCAGACCAUGAUCCAGGGCUUGACAUGGGGAAUUUCAACAAAGGGAAUAUACCAGAUUUUUUGCCAACUGCCCAACGUGCUCUGUAUCUGCGCAUCCAGCAAAAGCAGCAGGAAGAUGAAGAACGAGCCAGACGACUUGCAGGUUCCAAUCAGCAGGAAAGAGAAAAUGAAGAAGGUGACACAGGGAACUGGUACUCCAGUGAUGAAGAAGGGGGUAGCAGCGUGACUUCCAUCCUGAAGACGUUGAGACAACAGUCUUCUAGCAGGCCCUCAGCACAAGCUCCACCUAGAGAUAGCAGCACAGGUGGACAGCUUGACCCACGCUUACAAAAGGGCCAGGUUACUACUAGCAGCCGUCCCACUGAUCCUCGUGUCUCCCGUGACCCACGACUUUCCCGGAACACAGAGCCUAACCCAUCAGAGACAGGACCCAGUGAUCCUAGGUUAGCUCGACAUGCUUCUCAACCCAUGCAAGACUUACAAGUUAAUAAAGCUGCUGCAGAAGAGGAAGAAGCUGAAAGAGUCUUGCGGGAUAAACCAGUCACCAUACCACUGGAAACUCUGCCAGGGCAGAUGCUGAGGGACCCACGAUCUCAGUUGCAGCAGUUCAGCCACAUAAAGAAAGAUGUCAAUCUGAACAAGCCAAGCUUUGCCAAGACAAUCUUGUGGAGUCCCGAAGAUCUAAUUCCACUGCCUGUCCCAAAGCAAGAGUUAAUUCCUAUGCCAGCGGCCCUGCAGUCCAUGCCAACCGUAGACCCACGUCUUAACCGACAAACUGCCUCAGCACCUCAUGAUCCACGGCAACGCGUGCCUCCAUCUGAACAACAAACCGAUAAUGCGAACCUACCCGAUUUUGAACUUCUAUCGAGAAUCUUAAAGACAGUCAAUGCUGCCUCGGUUACAGCUGCUUCUCCAUCGACCCCCCCUGAAAAACCCAGUGACCCACGAACACGCAAGCUUCCCACUGACCCUCGACUGCAGAAAGCUGCGGAACCUUCACUGCCUUCAAGACCUGCAGAAGUCAGCCCUCCUCUCUCUGUGUCUCCACUUGCUGAGAACACAAUCACCACUGCCCCAUAUGAUCCCCGACUGCUGACCGCUGGCGGAGUAAGUAAAACAAGUACCCAGAGCAGUGUUCUCAGUGGAAUUAGUCUUUAUGAUCCCAGGACUGGGAACAAAACAUCUGAAGCCUCAUCUAAUGAGGCAUCCUCCAAAGGACUGGAUAACAAAAGUUCAAACAAGCCAAAGGAGCCACUGUUUGUUCGUAAGUCUGCCCUUGAUCAGCCAGAUACUGAUAAACAAACCCCUGAGACUACAGACAGGUACAACAGUUACAAUCGACCACGUACAAAAACAUCAGCUGCUCCUAGUUUACCUGUACCUGAAAGCAAUCAGUCUGCAGUCCACAAUCUCCCUGUGCCUUCUGUAUAUGGUUUAGUUAAGCAACCUACUAAACCUGGCAGUGGCAGCCCCUUUGCUGGAAACAGCCCCACACAAAACAGUGAACAGGACGCUGCUUCCCUAAAAGAUGUUUUUAAAGGCUUUGACCCUACAGCAUCCCCAUUUUGCCAGUAGCAUUCAGUCUGACAAUUUGCAUCGCAUAUCGUAUUUAAAGGAUUCUCAUACAGUGUUGUUCACAACGUCUAUUUUUUUUUUUUAUAUAUAUAUACUAUUCAUUGUGCUGUUGUGCUUUUGUACAUAAAUCCACAACUGUGUAAAGCCUCAAAGAUCUGUUUUUAACAAAUAA